CAGGUGUUGCAAGUACCCUUGUCGCUCAAAUCCCAAGAAGAGAAGCAGCCAACAGUGGUAGAUUUAACAUAUAAAUCCAUUGUCACACAGUCAUUGAGAUGAUUUCCGUUGCUCUUUACUCAGAGAUAUGACGUACUAGAUGUAUUAUGAGCAUAUUAGGGAAGCAACCCAGGGCCUACCAAAUAAGGAGGUUAUGUCAAGUAUUAAUUCAGAGAAUGUUGGCCAAUUCAGGAAGCUGUCGCUGUCUUGACUAUCACUACAUCUUAACAGACACAACAGAAACAGGACUCAGUAAUAAAGCGGAGUAACCAAAUGUUUGGGGUUCCUCUUUGUUCCAUCGGGCUGCUACUCGUUACCCUCAUUCACACCGCUGUAACCAAAAGCCACCUCGUGAUGGGGGGAGUAGGUCACUCAGUUAUCCUCCCGUGCGUCUCUCCUUUGGACGGAUCCUGCUCAGACAUACGAUGGUAUCAUCAUAGCACGCCAGGUGUUGCAAGUACCCUUGUCGCUGAAAUCCCAAGAAGAGAAGCAGCCAACAGUGGUAGAUUUAACAUUUUGUCCAAUUGUUCUUUACACAUCAACAACAUCACCGAAGUCGAUGUCGGAGGCUAUGGGUGCAGCAAAGAUGUGAAUGAGACGCAAUAUCUGUCUCUUAUCACUGAUUCCUCCCUACUGAGGUCUGACCUAUUGCCUGGAGCCAACGUUACCUUAAGCUGUCAACUCAACACAUUCGAGGGGCCUGGUUGGUGUUCUGACCCUCUGUAUCAAGGUAUGUCUCUCAAGUGGCAGGAUGAUAACCGACCGGACUACAUCCUCGUUGAACAGAGGAUCAGCAGAUGUGCUGUCCGGCUGAAUGUCAUCAUUCAGCGUGGCAGCCGCUUCAGCUGCCUGGCUUUGGUCAACCGCCAGGUCCAGAACAGGGUGGAGUUCCCCGUCCGUAUCAGAGACGGGGACGCUUGCUACUGCCAAGUGAUCGGCCGAGUCAUCGCCGUGGCAGUAGUGAGCUGUGCCAUGACGGUGGUGCUGGCUCUGAUCCUAGUGAAGAAGAAGAAGAGGAAGCCAAAUGACCAGCUUGCUGCAUGUCCAGAGUGUACUGGAUGUUUAUACUGUAAUAAAUACUGAUGUGGCCGCCACUGCAGAGGAUGUCACCCAUGCUGACAUAACGGUUGCAGGCGAUGCGGACAGGAAGUGGGAGACAGAAAGUGAAGCCACCGAUGUUUGAUUGGCAUGACCUGGCAACCCAAAACGGCCUAUAACAGUUUACUCAUACAAUAGCAUAGAUUACCAAGAGGGCCAAAUUAGUACAUGUUAUCCUUUUUUAAAAAAUGCAUGUAAGAUGUGCUAUGGUCCAUGAUCAGUUCAUACCACUUUUCAUCUAAAAUAAUUUGUUUUAGGGUAUGGUUUUCCUUUAAACAACAGAUGGCUCACAGAAUCCAUGUACUUUCAACGUUCAAUUUUCUGUUCAAUGUCAAUAAAAUAAUUAAUUAAUAAUAAUUAAUUGAAUUUCAGAAAAAAAAAAAAAAACACUGUGAAGGGGGUCGCCGGCCCACGCCCCUUAACAGUGGUAUAAUGAGCACAUACCACAGCCUGUCGUGAUCUAUUGCUUAAAUAUAUGAAUGCCUCAAUAUUUUCAAUGAAGAUACUCAAUAUUU